UUUCAGGAGCCGCCACCCCGCCUGCCUCUCUCCUCCUCUUUCUGCGCUGCAAUCAGUGGAAUAAAUCAGGGAAGGACGCGCGCACACACGCGCAGGGCAGGAUCUGUUACAAAAGUAGCGCUGAUGGCGGCGGAUCGGAUGAAGCUGGAGCUGCUGCUGGAGUAGCAGAGAGUGGAGUAUCUCUCGCUCUCUCUCUUUUCUCUGUUUCGCCUCUUCCCCCACUCCACCCACAGAUCUCCAUCGUUUCUCCUCCUCCUCCCCACCCUCGGCCGCGCUCCCGCUUUUCCGCGCAUCUCUGGGCUGCGCCUCCUGCGAGGGGGCGGGUGGGGGGAGCGGAGGAGGCUUUAAAGAACCACGGCCCCCCCCGCACCGCCACACACGAUAAUUGAAUUUAUUAUUAUUGCCGUCUCGCCGACUUGGGCAAGGGGGAUCGAUCUUCGAUCAGGAAGAUGGCUGCUGGCUGGCUGCUGGUCUUUAGUCUGACACUUUUCCAGUCCCUGGUGAUGAACCACUCCUCGGAGGGACCCUUCCCCUCGGCCACCACGAUAAAAGCUUGGGUGGAUAAGAUGCAAGAAGAUCUCGUGACGCUCGCACGAACCGCAAGCGGAGUGGACCGGCUUGCUGAAAUUUAUUUGAAAAACACAGCAUUGUAUACUGUAGAAGCAAACAACCCUCGUCAGCUAGUGGAAAUUGCAGCCAGAGAUAUUGAAAAACUUCUAAGUAACAGGUCUAAAGCCUUGGUGCGCCUUGCUAAAGAAGCAGAGAAGUACCAAGCGUCACAUCAGUGGAGGGAUGAGUUUGGGAAUAAUGAUAUAAUCUAUUACAAUGCAAAAGACGACCAGAAUGAUCCUGAAAAGAAUGAAACUGAAUCUGGCAGCCAGAGAAUCAGACCAGUAUUUGAAGAUGAUCCUGUUUUCCGACGGCAAACAUCUUACCAGCAUGCAGCAGUCCACAUACCAACAGAUAUUUAUGAAGGCUCAACCAUAGUGUUAAAUGAACUGAACUGGACUGCAGCGCUGGAUGAUGUGUUCAAGAGGAACAGGGAAGAGGACCCCACUUUAUUGUGGCAGGUUUUUGGUAGUGCCACUGGCCUCGCAAGGUAUUACCCAGCUUCACCAUGGGUAGAUAAAAGCCGAACUCCUAACAAAAUAGACCUGUAUGAUGUACGGAGAAGACCAUGGUAUAUCCAAGGAGCUGCAUCUCCCAAAGACAUGCUUAUUUUAGUGGAUGCGAGUGGCAGUGUCAGUGGGUUGACGUUGAAGUUGAUCCGCACGUCGGUCAUUGAGAUGUUGGAGACCUUGUCUGAUGAUGACUUUGUGAAUGUAGUUUCAUUUAAUAAUAAUGCUCAGAAUGUCAGUUGCUUUAAUCAUCUUGUCCAAGCCAAUGUGAGGAACAAGAAGAAACUGAAAGAAGCUGUCUAUAAAAUCUCUGCUAAAGGAAUUACGGAUUACAAAAAAGGCUUUAGCUAUGCUUUUGAGCAGCUGCUAAAUCACAGUGUCUCCAGAGCUAACUGCAAUAAGAUUAUUAUGCUGUUUACAGAUGGUGGUGAAGAAAGAGCACAAGAAAUUUUCCACAAAUAUAACGAAGACAAAAAAGUACGAGUGUUCACAUUUUCUGUUGGCCAACAUAACUAUGACAAAGGACCCAUACAGUGGAUGGCCUGUGAAAAUAAAGGUUAUUAUUAUGAAAUCCCAUCUAUUGGAGCCAUAAGAAUAAACACCCAGGAGUAUCUGGAUGUUUUGGGAAGACCAAUGGUUUUAGCUGGAGAGCAAGCCAAACAAGUCCAAUGGACAAAUGUCUAUCUGGAUGCUCUGGAGCUGGGCCUUGUGAUUACAGGAACUCUGCCUGUCUUCAAUCUAACAAGGGAACAAAAUGGGAAAAUUAAUCAGCUGAUUCUUGGAGUAAUGGGAGUCGAUGUCUCUUUGGAGGACAUAAAAAAGCUGACGCCCCGGUUUACGCUUUGUCCAAAUGGGUACUAUUUUGCAAUUGACCCUAAUGGGUAUGUGCUACUGCAUCCAAAUCUCCAGCCAAAGCAAAUUGGUGUGGGCAUACCAAAAGUUAAAUUGAGAAAAAGGAGACCCAAUGUACAGAAUCCUAAAUCUCAGGAACCUGUUACGCUGGAUUUUCUAGAUGCUGAAUUGGAAAAUGAUAUUAAAGUUGAGAUUCGGAAAAAAAUGAUAGAUGGAGAAAGUGGAGAAAAAACAUUUGAAACACUGGUCAAGUCCCAAGAUGAGAGGUAUAUUGAUAAAGGAAACAGAACAUAUACAUGGACUGCUGUGAAUGGCACUGACUACAGUUUGGCACUGGUGUUACCAUCAUACAGCUUUUAUUAUAUUAAAGCCAAGAUAGAUGAAUCAAUAACUCAAGCCAGAUGGGCACCCGCAAAGGUUUCAGAGUCACUGAAGCUUGAUCGUUUUGAUGAAUCUGGCUAUACAUUUUUAGCACCAAGAGAAUACUGUAGCGAUGUAAAAAAAUCAGAAAACAACACUGAGUUUCUAUUAAAUUUCAAUGAAUAUAUUGACAGAAGUACUCCAAGCAGUUCAUCAUGUAAUGCUUAUAUGGUCCUUAGACUUUUGCUGGAUGCAGGAUUUACAAAUGAUCUUGUUCAAAAUUAUUGGAGUAAACUGUCUCUCGAUGGAGUCGUUGCACAAUUUGUUGUUACAGAUGGUGGAAUUACUAGAGUAUUCCCCAGAAGGGCAGGAGAAGAUUGGUUGGAAAAUGCAGAAACUUAUGAAAUCAGCUUCUAUAAGAGGAGUUUAGAUAAUGACAACUAUAUUUUCACAGCUCCAUACUACAACAAAAGUGGUGCCAAUAGCUAUGAAUCAGGUAUUAUGGUAAGCAAGGCUGUGGAAAUAGAAGUUGAUGGGAAGCUUCUGAAGCCAGCAGUCGUUGGAAUAAAAAUUGAUGCAACCAGCUGGAUGGGAAAUUUCACAAAAACCACAAUCAAGAGUCUGUGCAACAGCGAAAUCUGUGGCUGUGAAAGAAAUAGCAUGCAUGUGGACUGUGUUAUCCUUGAUGAUGGUGGAUUUCUUUUGAUGUCCAAUCGAGACGAAUAUACACAACAGAUUGGAAGGUUCUUUGGUGAAAUUGACCCUGGCCUGAUGCGAAACCUGAUUAACAUGUCCCUGUAUGCCUUUAACAAGUCCUAUGACUAUCAGUCAGUCUGUGAUCCCGAAGAAGAACCAAAGCAAGGAGCUGGACUUCGUUCUGCUUAUGUGCCUACAAUAACAGAUAUUUUGCAACUUGGAUGGUGGGCUUCAGCAGCUGCCUGGUCUAUCUUACAGCAGCUGUUUUUGAGCUUGACUUUUCCACGGUUCCUUGAAGCAGCUGAUAUGGAAGAUGAUGAUUUUGGUGCUGCCCUGCCUAAAACAAGCUGUAUCACUGAGCAAACUCAAUAUUUCUUUGAAAACAAUGAUAAAUCCUUUGGUGGGAUUGUAGACUGUAUAAACUGCUCCAGACUUUAUCAUGCAGAGAAGAUUUCAAACACCAAUCUAGUGUUCAUUAUUAGUGACAGCCAACUGCUGUGUCGUUCGUGUGACCCAAAGCCACUGAUGCAAGCGGAGAAGCCGGAUGAAGGGCCAAAUCCAUGUGAAAUGGUCAAACAACCUAGAUACAGAAAGGGUCCUGAAAUCUGCUUUGAUGAAGCCAAACAGGAGGAUUCAGCUGACUGCGGUGGGGCCUCUGGUCUGAGUCCAUCACUGUGGUCUGUGGUAGCAAUUCAGUCGGUCCUGCUUUGGCUGUUAUCUGGCAGCAGACACUGCCGGUUAUGACCUUGCUAAACCAAAACCUGCAUAACUUAACCAAGACCUGGCCAAAACUAUAGCCUCAGUUUCAUUUUGGAAAGGGUCAGCUUCUGGGACAGCAGCAGGGCAGCAGUGCUCGUGUCUGGUUUCCACGCGUUGUGAGACUCACCAAGGCGCCGCGACGCCUGCAUGUCGGAGUGUCGGAUCUUCACCGUGUGCGAAUGCUGCAUCAUCCACCGAAACGCCGCCCAAACGGAUUUCUGUGCGUGCCCCUCUGGGGAAAUCUAAAACCUUCUGUUUAUUCAUUUGUUUGUUGUUGUAAUCUUGAUGACUUCAUGUAAAAGGGCUCCCCUAACAAUAGCUUAUGUAUAUGAUUUUCAUUUCUUUUAAGCUUUGGAUAUCUUGAAGAUUUAUGUUCUUUUACAUGAACAGUUGUUUAAAAACCAAAAAGUAAAAGGAAAACGUUCUCCCCAAUAUGCAUUACUAGCACCACGAUGGCUGCUUUUUACAUUAGUUUUGUCCAAACUAGUUGAGUAAAAUGAAAAUAUUGGCCAGUCUUCACCAGAAGUUCAGCAUGAUUGGAAUGCUUUAUGAUGAGUGGUUAAUUCUUCCAAAAUGAAUAAUGCAGCCAGCUAAGCUUUGGUAGGUUGAUAUUGUAUGUAGAAAGGAAGGAAGGGAAAAAAUUACUGUGUUUCAAAACACAAAGGUACUGGAGAGUGUAACAAAAAAAGUGAUUUUCAUCUUAAACUUGGUGUCAUCUUCUGUCAGAAACAAAUGUUAAUUUUAAUGUAAUAUUCACCUCCUUUUCACAAUGCAGUUACAUAUAAAGCUAGUAGAAAUUCUUCAAAGGCUGAAACAAAAUGCUUGUGAAUAAAAAAAUGUCUUUGUGAUAUUUGAACGUUGGUUUCCAGGGGUAUUUUGCAUGAUGAUGAUGCUAUGUUAUUGUUUUUCAGUUUGUUUUCUUUGAUGGUAGAGUAUAGUUCAUUGAAAAGCUAAGAGAGUGAUUCUUGUAUUGUGUGAGAAAUUGAACAUUGCAAUGUGUUGCAAUCAAAUCAUAUUAAAUUAUAUUAUGAAACAGAGCUCUGAAUAUACUGUGCAAUGAAAAAGCUGAGAAAAUAGGGUAAAUAUAGAUUGUAACAAAAGAAUUAAGGUGGAUUUUUUACAGACUAUUGAUCUCACAUGAAAAUCUGUGUACAGAUAUUUUAAGAAUAUGAAAAUCAGAUUUAACCAUUUAUUUUUGGAAGUAUAAGUUCUCUAAGGUUCAUAUCAGGUUCCCCCUUUGUUUCCUUCAUAUAAACACACCCAUAAUAUUAAAACUUACGCUGUUGCUAUUUAUUAUUGAAAAUAGCAUAUUUAAAAGCAAAAUUACCUGGUUGCUGCGAUUAGAAAGAAUAUAAACAAAUGGGGAGCCUUGAAUCUAUAUGUAUGCACAUUGAUACUUGAUUGUGAAUAAUAACCCUAGAAGUUGUUUUUAUACAACCUCAUUGGUGAUACAGGUUGGUGCAGUAAAUUAAAAUAUUACAGUGUAGCAUAGUGUUGAUGCAAAUAUGAUUUGCGCUUUUUUUUCUAGUUUUCAGAAUUAAACAGUAUUGCAAGACAGCUAAACCAAUGAAUGUGCAACUCUGCUGGUAUUGUACAGUUCUGCUAACAACUGCAAUAUGCAAAUAUUAAUAUGGCACAAUACACUAGCUCUUUAAAAAAUAAAAAAAUGCAAACCAUCGGUAUGUAUAUGCUGGCAAUUGAGUGAUAUAAUUUUAAUCAUGCCAAAAGCUUAAAAAAAUGAUUGGGCAUGCAUUAAUAUCCUAUGAAAACUGAAGAAGCUACUCGAAGCCAUGGCAUGGCUUGAGCGAUCAGAUGUCUACCAUAGUUGUACUCAUGGCUGGUUCAUUGUUUUUCAUGUACCUUGGCUCCAGCUAUGUAUUUUCUCAUGUUUGGGAAUACAGUGAGUGAAAAAAAAUAAAUUCUGGCCUUUUGUUCAGUGAUAAAAUCUAGAUUUAAAAAAAAAAUAUACCUAGCAAUGUCAUAGGGUCAAAAGUACACCUAACUGUUUUGGAUGACUUCAGGUCCUCCUCAGGGAAGGUGAGCUCAUGUUGAUAAUAAGGGUGAAGAUAAACUUGGAGCUCUUCCUUUCAGUCAUAGUGCUGCAGUUCUGUUCACCCUAGCACCAGUUACCACCUGAUAAAAAAAUUGGUUUGAGUGUUUCCAAUGGCAAGACUGCAUCCAGUAUUUUUCCUUAAUGAGGUCAAUUGACAUUUUAUGGGAGGAACAAGUUUUCUAGGAUUAGGCCAAUAAUUACUGCACUCACUGCUUUUACUCUGAGGUUACUUUAAAUACUCACUGGUUUGCGUUGUGCUCUUUUCCUUUCAUGUUAGUAUAUUAAGUUCUCUGUAGUUUUCACUUAGCUUCCCAAAAGAAACCCUUCAUGGACAAGUUGCACUGUUUAAAACACUUUGCUUAUGCUGGUAGGCCAUAUUCAGAGUGACUUAAUGGGCAUCUGAUUAGAGCUUGUAGGGGAAAAGAAAGAUGGCACAAAUUCAUGCUGCCACGGGAAACAUCUACGGCUUCUGCUCUCAUCCCACUUCCCUUAGAGUGCUCAAAUGCAAAAGGAGGACAAGCCCAUGCCAUGCAGCACAUAGCCCUCUUGGGCUAUCCAAAGAGGGAAAUGUCCUUUGUUCCUCUCCUUCAUCCCUCUAUAUGACCUGAAGAAAUGUGUUUCUAUAUAAACAUGUAGCCUUCCAGCUAACAUUAUAACAUUUUAUGUGAACAAUUAGCCAAUAUGAUACCCAUCUUACA